CACAUCGCAAUUUUAAAAAUAUAUUUGUAAUUUUUAUUUUGAAUUACAAACCGUUUUUUAUGACUAGUGAUGGCUGGAAAGUUAAAUAAAUUUGAAACUCCCAGCUCCGCCAGCUCUGAUAGCGACACGGAGCUGGCAUUGGAGUUGAGCGAGCAGGUGUUCAUAGACGAUGACGACUACUCGACCCGAGCGCCUGCCUCGCCCAUAACCGUGCCCGAUGUACGCCCCUACCGCCCACCCUCCACAGGGACUGUUAUAUUUCUUAAUUCUAUGAAUGCCGUUCAGCAUGUUUAA